AUGACCUCAAAGGAUAGCAAGGUAGAGACCGUUGUUGCCACGUUGGGUGAUGUUGAAAAAACCCAGGAAAUAUCUUAUAAGGACCUUAAGGUCAUUGGCAACGGCUCGUUCGGUGUAGUUUAUCAAGCUACACUUUGCGGCACUGAGGAAACAGUUGCGGUAAAAAAUGUUCUUCAGGACCGAAGAUUUAAGAACCGUGAAUUGCAAAUCAUGCGUUCACUGGAGCAUCAGAACAUUGUGAAACUCAAGUACUUCUUUUACGUCAUGGGUGAUCAGAAAGAGGAAGUGUACUUGAAUUUAGUUCUGGAAUACGUACCAGAGACAGUCUACAGAGUGGCUCGCCGAUAUACCCGGCAAAAGGAAAUCAUUCCAAUGCUGUUUGCUAAAUUGUAUAUGUACCAACUGUUCCGAAGUCUUGCCUAUAUUCACAGUAAAGGAAUCUGUCAUCGGGAUAUCAAACCUCAAAAUCUCCUGCUUGAUCCCUCCACUGGUGUUCUCAAACUGUGUGAUUUUGGGAGCGCUAAAAUCCUCGUUAAAGGCGAACCCAAUGUUUCCUACAUCUGCUCACGGUACUAUCGUGCUCCUGAGCUCAUCUUUGGCGCUGUCAAUUACACAUGUCAAAUCGACGUCUGGUCUGCGGGUUGUGUAUUCGCAGAGCUUUUGUUGGGCCAACCGAUCUUCCCCGGUGAGAGUGGAGUAGACCAGUUGGUGGAAAUUAUCAAAGUGCUUGGCACACCCUCUCAUGAGCAGAUUCGUGAUAUGAAUCCAGAUUAUCGCGAGUUCAAAUUCCCCCAAAUCAAGGCACAUCCUUGGCCAAAGGUAUUCCGCCCUCAAACCUCCCCUGACGCUAUUCAACUGGUAAGCAAGCUGUUAGACUACACAUCCUCGAAACGACUAAAACCCCUAGAAGCCUGUCUACAUCCUUUCUUUGAUGAAUUGCGUCUUGAGGGUACCACACUGCCUGACAAAACACCCCUUCCUCCCCUCUUCAACUUUAGUGAGGAUGAAAGAGCCGCAAAUCCCGAACUCAUAGCCAAAUUGAUCCCUGACUACAUGAAGCCACAACAGAGCACUUCUGAAAGCGGUGACUCGUCCUCCGUUCUCCUUGCCGUAGACGGUUUCAUUAGCGAUCCCAAAUCAGGUGCUUCCUCCAGCGACACUCAUGCUCAACCAGAGACAUUGGCAGAGGCCUCCACACCACCCACCGUUGAGACUCAAGAACAACAAUAG